GGGAGGUUGUGGACUUGUGGUUGAAGAGAAGGAGCGUGGGAGCGGAUGCUAACGAAGCGCGUGGAUGGGGAAAGGAAACCAUGUAAAGAUCAGAUGACCUCAUCGGCCAUCGCAUCCCCAAGUGGGCGGAGAGAAUGAGACGACGACGCACUGUUUCUGUUGAAUCUUCUCGCCGUCCGUUUGCCCUCUUCUCUUUCUCUGCUCUGCUCUGUUUCCUCCUUGUUUUAAAAGUUUUUCCAAAAUCGUGGGAUACAAAAAACUGUGGAAGAAAAGGAAAAAUUAGUCUCUUUCAGCAGAACCCAACAGCACUACAGAAGAAGAGCAGCCAGUCAUGGCGGAUGACAACAAUGGCCACUUUUGGAUUCUUGCCCGAAUUUUAAUUACGUAGUACACCAGUACUCCUCCUCCUCCUGACGUAAAUUAGUAAUCAACUUCUUCCUUUCUCCUUUUCCUCUUUCUGGGUAAUUACUUGCUUAAUUAAUUCCUGAAAGUUGCUGAUGAAAUUAUCCGAAACCUACCAAUAAUGGUAGUUUAAUGCUGAGAUUCGAAGCCCCAAAGCAGCCGCACCAGCAGCAACCCCCAUCUCUCUCUGGCUCCCUCAUUGUCUGACGAACGAGCGCGUGUCUCUCUGUUUUCCCCCUUUUCCCUCUCUAUCUGCUUGCUGCUGCGAGAGAGAUCUCUCAUCUCCUACAUCGGAUAAGAAGGUAUGAAGAAUGAAGCCACCAGCUCUUCCUUUUCUUGUUCCCAGUUUGUUUUCUACUUUCAUUCAUGGCAUGGGUGUGACUUACCUACCUGGUUCUCUCUCUCUCUCUCUCUCUCGCCGCCUCUGUCAGUCUUAUCCGUCUCUGUUCAACUUCAGUUCACUACCCUUUUGAGUUUUGACCCACUCUGUCUCUCCUCUAUGUGGAAUCAAUUCUUCCUACUCUCUGCUGGCAUAUCAAUAGUACAUAUUCCUAUGGCGUUUUUUUGGGACACGUUUGUUUUUUACUUUCUUGCGAUGUUUGAGGCUGUUGACUGGGGAAUAUGAGCUCAAAGGUGGGAUCUUUUUGGAAAAAGAAAGAACUCAAAGGGUGGAGUUUUGAAUUCCUGCAGUCUUUUCUGUUUUUAAAACAAAGGGUGCGGUUUCGGUUUCAAAUCUCUGCAACCAUUAUGUUGAUGGAAGUCUAUUUCCCAACUAGAUUCGGAUUGAGAGGUGAAAGAUGCAAAAUGGGAAGUUUGGUUUGGAACACCAUACCUGAUUUCAUGUUGGUAAAGGUUGGGGGGGAAUUGUUUGCUGGCUCUGCAGUAAGGGUUACUGUGGAAUAGCAUCCUCUCCUCUCUUUUUUCCCAUACCCAUGUUCUCUGCACAGAAACAGAAGGGAAACUGAGGAUUUGAAUAGUAUCAUGCUGAUGUUCCCUCUAAAAUGGGGGUUGAUGACAGAUUUAGCAGUUACACAUGCAUCCUGGACUUUGGAACUAUUGUGGUGUGUUCAAUUUAGAAGUUAGAAAUGCUCACUUUCGAUGAUAUGUUCUAAAAGAGUUCCCUCACUGUUCAUGGGGGGAUCAUAAGUAUGUUUUACUGACACAAACCAAUUGAGUAUUUCCCAAGCAAUGGAUCUGUUAUCUACAAGAUAUGCUUGCUAGAAUUGGAAAGGGGGGAUCAAUUUGUGUGUGUACCCAUAUGUUGCUGAAAAAUUCAGUAACUUGUUAGCCGAUUUUUUCCUUAUUUUUCAAAUUUGAUUAACAAACUUCUUCUUUUGCUUACAGGUUACUGGAAACCAAGUUGUUCACUACUUAUUUAGGUCACUAUCCGGUUAUAGAUGCUUCUAUGCUACCUCAAUGGAGCGGAUUUUAUGCAUAUUCUCAAGCUGUUGAAGCUUCAUUAUAGUUGCAGGGAUGUAAACCGUCGGUACUUGUCAUAAAGGGCAAUGAACAGCAGAUGUAUGGUUUAACAGUGGGGUUCGGUUUGUGGAGAGAUUCGAAGGAGUACAACUGUGGAGGUAGAGUUAUCCUCGGCUUCCAAGGAUUGUGUGUUGAUGGCAAUGCUGUAGAGUUUCUUUCUUUCAGUUGAAAUAUUUGCAACAUCCAAGUUCACUCAAGUCAGUUCACAUACAGCAGGCCUUUGCCUGAUAACUUUUGUUGGAAAAGAAGAUUCUUCUUUCUCUGUGGUGGAUUAUCUCUCGACAUACCAUUAUGAAGAGCCAAGCUGUUGUAUCUCUGAUGAAGACUGAUUCUCCUGGAGGUGUCACAGGUCCAUUUUGCUCACCGCUCUCUCCCAUUCACAACUUUUUUGGUGCUGAAUCUGAUGGCAAUAGUGCACUGACAAAUGAAUGCUCAUCCUCUCGUUCAUCCCCUUUCAUACGAACAGACUCCCUCAACUCUCACAACGGCUUGCGUUUAUCAACUGCAGAACCUGAAACAUAUAACAUAAAAUCUGGACCAGAUAGCCCUCUUUCUUUUGGUUCUCAGGUCCACCAUUCUAAGAGCACAUUUCAGCGCUCCUCUAUGUUCUGCACCAGUUUGUACUCAUCAUCGACUUCUUCUUUGAGCUCCGAGGCAGGCCGACAGUUGGGGAAGCUUCCUUUUCUCCCACUCCCCCCUGCUUGCAGCCUAUCAAUUUCAGGUGUUGCUUCAACAAAAUCUCCACCGCUUUUCAGCGAGGAUGUGAGCAACACAUAUGACGAGGAUCAAUCUGAUGCAUUCAUGAAGGAUUUUCUUAACUUAGCGGGAGACACUUCUGAAGGCAGCUUUCAUGGUGUGAGUUGUGCAAGUGGUGCUUCGGAGUUUACAGAGCAGUUGGAGUUACAGUUUUUGUCUGAUGAACUUGACAUUGCUAUCACGGACCAUGGUGAAAAUCCAAGACUCGAUGAUAUAUAUGAAACACCUGAAACCUUAUCAAAACCAGUCACAGUUACGACGUCCAAUCAAAACCUUAUCUCUGCUGGGCCACCAGUUGAUGUGCUUUCUGGUCAACCCUCUCCCAUGGGCGCUUCUGCUCACAAACCAAGAAUGAGGUGGACACCUGAGCUGCAUGAAAGCUUUCUAGCAGCUGUGAACAAGCUUGAUGGAGCUGACAAGGCUACGCCGAAGGGUGUAUUAAAGCUAAUGAAUGUGAGCGGUUUAACCAUUUAUCAUGUGAAAAGCCACUUACAGAAAUACCGCCUUGCCAAGUAUUUGCCCGAGAAAAAAGAAGAAAAGAAGCCUUCCAGCCCUGAAGACAAGAAACCUGCUUUAGGAAGCCUUGAAUUUGAUGGGCGGCGAAAGGGGACCCUUCAAAUUUCUGAGGCUUUGCGCAUGCAAAUUGAAGUUCAGAAGCAGCUGCACGAACAGCUAGAGGUACAAAGAUCCCUUCAGCUACGUAUCGAGGAACACGCAAGAUACCUGGAAAAGAUCUUGGAGGAGCAGCACAAAGCUGGCACUGCAUUACUGUCUCCAAAAACCCCGUCAGCAGCAUCACUUACCACUGAUGUUCCAUCUCAAGAGUGCGAGGGACCGCUGCAACCAACUUCUUCCUCUGCUGACGCACCACAACCACAGUCUGCCGACGAGUCCAAAGCUGAAUCAGCAGCAGCAUUGUCACGUACUCCAUCAGCAAAGCUCCAAGGCCCCAGCAGUGGUGAAGAAGAUAUCGUCGAGGUCUGUAAACAAGCGUGCAAGAAAAGAAGUCGCGUGGAAAGGGAAGAAGAAGUGACUGCUGAGGUUGGAACUCCAUUGUAACCAAUGUUGAUCAUCCAUUGGCUAGCUAUUCUGAAAAGAGUAGUGUAGUAGGUAAUCUGUGAAGCUACUUUGCAUUGUCCAUUGGAUUGUUUGUAUGUAUGCCAAUGACAUGUUGUAUGCUGUUAUCUAGGAUUCUUUGGAUGGAUUUUUGGGUUUGGGGGAGAGGGUUUCUUCCUUGUAAGUAGUAGAAGUUUGGAUUGAGAUUUGCUUCACUUUCUUUUCUUUUCCUCACAGUUUUUCUUUUGGCAGUUUGAACUGAAAGAGAAACUGGACAUGCCCUUUUAAUUGUACAAACUUUAUGUAUGAAUGCCAUAUGUGCUUGUUUAGCCCAAGAACACCUCUCUCAAGUGUGG